GGCUGUCUUUGUCUUCCUCCUCCUCCUCGCUCCGAUGCUCUCCGACGUGGUCCCUCGUUCCGUCGCGCUCAACCCUUCCAUUGCUUGCAACUCCACCCUCGACCCCAAGUUUUGCAUUACCUUCCUCACGCGGCCGCGAGACUGCAGCCUCCACGAUUACGGCCGCUUCUCCCUGGCCAAGUCCCUCUCUAACGCCCGCAUGUUCCUCGACUUGGUCGACCUCUACCUCGCCCGCCGGUCGACCUUGUCCCCCACCGCCGUCAUGGCCCUCCAGGACUGCCGGCUCCUCUCUAGCCUCAACAUUGACUUCUUGACUACGGCAUCGGUCACGGUGAAUUACACCGACACGCUGCUCGGCCACCAGGCCGAGAAGCUGCAGACCCUGCUCUCCGCCCUGGUGACCAACCAAAAGACCUGCUCCGACGGCCUGAAAGCGGUUCCCAUUUCCGACGGCCUCGCGGUGCCCAUUUCCGACUGCACCAAGCUCUACAGCAUGUCCCUCGCGCUCUUCAACAAGGCUUGGGUCAUGCCCAACAAGACGAACAGGGGAAACCGCUCUGCCUCAGAAGUAACGCCGCACCGCAGAGGACUGCUCUUCCACGAGGCUCUCGUCGACGGCGAUCGCCGGCUGCCGCUGUGGAUCUCGGGCUCGAAGAGAGAGCUGCUCGAGAGGUGGAGGCGCCGUACCCAACGACUCCCGCAAGCCGGCACGGAUACCAUUCUAGUGCACAACAUUGUGCUGGUGAGCCAAGAUGGAAAGGGGGACUACACCAGCAUCACCGCCGCCGUCAACUCGGCACCAAGCAACCUCGACGGGACCACCGCCGGCUACUACUUGAUAUUCGUCGCCGCCGGAAUCUACCAGGAGUACGUCGUCGUCGGGCAGCGUAAAACGUACUUGAUGAUGAUCGGCGAAGGUAUCAACCAGACGGUGGUCACCGGAAACCAUAAUGUGGCCGACGGCCGGACUACCUUCAACAGCGCAACGUUUGCGGUGGUGGGGCAGGGGUUCGUGGCCAUGAACAUGACUUUCCGAAACACCGCCGGCCCGGCGAAGGGCCAGGCUGUCGCCGUCCGGAAUGGGGCCGACCUCUCCGCCUUCUACCUCUGCAGCUUCGAGGGCUACCAGGACACGCUCUACGCGCACUCGAUGCGGCAAUUCUACCGCGAGUGCGACAUCUACGGCACCGUCGACUACAUCUUCGGCGACGCGGCGGCGGUCUUCCAGCGAUGCAACGUCUACUCCCGGCUGCCUCUUCACGGGCAGGGCAAUACCAUCACCGCCCAGGGCCGGAGCGACCCCAACCAGAACACCGGCACCUCGAUGCAGUCUUGCAGGUUCCUCGCCGCGGCCGACCUCAAGGCGGCAGGCCACUCGACGAGGACGUACCUCGGCCGGCCGUGGCGGCUCUACUCGAGGACGGUGAUCAUGGAGUCGUUCAUCGACGCGUUGGUCGAUCCGGCAGGGUGGUUGCCGUGGAACGGCAGCUUCGCGUUGGCAACGUUGUACUAUGCGGAGUUCCGUAACUCGGGGCCCGGCGCUGGGACUGCCAGCCGGGUCAAAUGGCCGGGAUUUCAUGUGAUUAGGUCCGGCGAUGCGGACAAUUUCACGGCGAGCAAGUUCAUUCAGGGAGACAACUGGUUGUCACUGGCCGGAGUGCCUUAUGACAGAGGAUUAAAGCUUUAAUUAACAAAUUACUUGAAGAUUAAUUAAUAAUUAAAGAAGCUUUGAUCAGUCUAAUUAAACUUGAUUCAUUCGUAUUCUUUUGUUCUUGUUCACGUUGUGAAAGUCUGAUACAUAUUCUUAUCGAGCAGCGUGCAAUUUGAUGGAAGACGAAU